UACAACGCAAUGUAUCUGCGUUUUGAUGUGAUUCCACUUUUUCUAUUUAAAUAAAUCAUUUUCCUCCUUGUACAUUUCCUUUACAUUGAACCAUCACUCAGAGUCUCAGAGACUGCACUUCAUUAUUCGAAAAACAAAAGAAAGAACAGAAAAAAUGGGUCGGCAAUUUGUUAUCGUUGCGAUCUGCAUCGUCCUCGUCGCCGGCGUCGGAGGUCAAGCUCCGUCUUCACCACCAACAGCUACACCAGCACCACCGACUCCAACCACUCCCCCACCAGCAGCAACUCCUCCUCCUGUCUCAUCUCCUCCACCAGUCACCACUUCGCCUCCUCCAGCCACCACCGCUCCUCCUCCGGCUACUCCUCCUCCCGUCGCUACCCCUCCUCCAGCAACUCCUCCUCCCGUCGCUACCCCUCCUCCCGUUGCUACCCCUCCUCCAGCAACUCCUCCUCCCGUCGCUACUCCUCCUCCAGCUCCUCUUGCAUCUCCUCCCGCUCAGGUUCCGGCUCUUGCUCCGACUACGAAGCCAGACGCUCCUUCUUCAUCGCCGUUGUCUAGCCCACCUUCUCCGGCGACUGAUGCUCCGGGACCGAGCAUCGAGUCGCUCUCUCCAGGACCUUCCACUGAUUCAAAUGACCAGAAUGGUGCAACCAAGACGGUUUCGAGCUUGGUACUUGGAUCUGUUCUCGUUUGGUUUAUGAUCUAAGGGGGAAGGCUUUUCCACGGUGUUCUUUGCAAUUAUUUUUAUGUCGGACGUUUGUUUGUUCCAUUGUUAUUACUUUGGGGACUGUAUUCUUUUGGGAUUAUAAUCAUUUGGAGAGGAUAUUAUUGAUUGUUGAGAUGGAGAUAUCAGAAUAUUUUGUUUAGAUAUAUUUUGUGGCUACUUAUCCUUUUAUUUGAUUAUUAGUGUACUAUAAAUUGCUUUC